AGCAUGCAGCGCAUGGCGCGUCAUUGAAGAGAGACCAUGAUGGCGGCGGUCGGUGCACCAGAAGUGAUUUCACAGCUGGAAAGCGCUGCCAAAGUUUUAAUGGCACCGCCGUCCAUGGUCAGUACAGAACAGAGGCAACACGCAGAGCACAUAUUCCUCUCCUUCCGGAAGUCCAAAUCACCUUUUGGUGUCUGUAAGCACAUUCUUGAGACCAGUAAAGUGGACUAUGUGCUGUUCCAGGCUGCCACAGCCAUAAUGGAAGCUGUGGUCAGAGAGUGGGUUCUGCUGGAGAAAAACAGUAUCGAGUCUCUCCGAACAUUCCUCCUCACCUAUGUCUUACAGAGACCCAAUCUACAGAAGUAUGUUCGAGAGCAGAUCUUAUUGGCAGUUGCAGUCAUAGUGAAGCGUGGCUCCUUGGAUAAAUCCAUCAACUGUAAGAGUAUUUUCCACGAGGUCAGCCAGCUCAUCAGCAGUGGCAAUCCUACUGUGCAAACGCUGGCGUGCUCCAUCCUGACAGCUCUGUUAAGUGAGUUCUCCAGCUCCAAUAAGACCAGUAACAUUGGCCUCAGCAUGGAAUUCCAUGGCAGCUGCAAGCGUGUCUUUCAGGAAGAUGACCUCAGGCAGAUCUUUGUACUCACCAUGGAGGUUUUGCAGGAGUUCAGUCGCAGGGAAAACCUCAAUGCCCAGAUGUCGUCUGUAUUCCAGCGUUACCUAGCACUGGCCAAUCAAGUGCUGAGCUGGAACUUUCUCCCACCCAAUCUGGGCAGACACUACAUUGCCAUGUUCGAAGCUACUCAGAACGUCAUGCUGAAGCCUACUGAGUCAUGGAGGGAAGCCCUUCUAGACCACAGAGUGAUGGACCUCUUCUUUACUGUACACAGGAAGAUCCGGGAAGACUCUGACAUGGCCCAGGACUCGCUGCAGUGCCUGGCCCAGCUGGCCUCCAUGCACGGGCCCAUCUUUCCUGACGAGACUGCUCAGGUCACCUACUUGGCCCACAUGGUAGAAGGGCUGCUCAACAUGAUCAAUGGGAUUGAGAUUGAAGACUCUGAGGCAGUGGGCAUCUCCAAUAUCAUCAGUAACCUGAUCACCACUUUCCCCCGAAGCGUUCUUACAGCUCUCCCCAGCGAGCUCUUCUCCUCCUUCAUAAACUGCCUCACACUGCUCACCUGUUCCUUUGGCCGCAGUGCUGCCCUUGAGGAGGUGCUGGAUAAGGAUGACAUGGUGUAUAUGGAGGCAUAUGACAAGCUGCUGGAAUCGUGGCUGACGCUGGUGCAGGAGGAUGAGCACUUCCCUCGUGGCUGCUUCGUCCAGCCAGCUGUGCAGGUCUUCAACUCCUACAUUCAGUGUCACCUUGCAGCCCCUGAUGGCACCAGAAACCUGACUGCAAAUGGUGUGGCAUCUCAUGACGAGGAGGAGAUAAAUGAGUUACAGGAGGACGACAGAGAACUGUUUUCAGAUCAGUUAGCCAGUGUUGGCAUGUUGGGGCGCAUUGCAGCAGAACACUGUAUCCCUUUGCUCACAAGCUUACUGGAAGACAGGGUCACACGGCUUCAUGGGCAGCUCCAGAGACACCAGCAGCACCUCAUGGCCUCCUCAGAUCCUGACUCAGUCGACCGGAAAGUACUAGACGACCUCUAUGAAGACAUUCAUUGGCUCAUAUUAGUCUCAGGCUACCUCUUAGCAGAUGACCCUCAGGGUGAGACACCACUGAUUCCCUCUGAGGUGAUGGAGUACUCCAUAAAGCACUCCACAGAAGUGGACAUCAACACCACCCUGCAGAUCCUCGGCUCACCUGGAGAAAAAGCCACCUCCAUCCCAGGCUGCAACAGGACGGACUCCGUCAUCAGAUUAUUAUCUGCAGUGUUGAGGACGUCUGAGGUGGAGUCUCGGGCAACGCGGGCAAGUCUAAUUGAGCUUUUGAGUCCUCAGAUGGGCAAAGACAUUGUGUGGUUUCUGCGACGCUGGGCCAAAACAUACCUGUUGGUGGACGAGAAACUGUAUAGCCAGAUCAGUAUGCCACUAAGCACAGCGUUUGGUGCAGACACUGAGGGGGCACAGUGGAUUGUGGGGUAUCUGCUGGAGAAAGUGAUCAAUAAUCUUUCAGUAUGGAGUUCUGAGCCUGAGUUAGCCAAUGACACAGUGGAACUACUGGUCACUCUGGUGGAAAAGAGAGAAAGGGCAAACAUUGUGGUACAGUGUGAGAAUUGGUGGAAUCUGGCCAAGCAGUUUGCAAGCCGAAGUCCUCCCCUUCACCUGCUGUCCAGCCCCAUCCAGCGCACCCUAAUGAAGGCCCUGGUUCUUGGAGGUUUUGCACACAUGGACUCCGAUACGAAACAGCAGUACUGGGCAGAGGUGUUGCACCCACUCCAGCAGCGCUUCCUGAACCUUAUAAACCAGGAGAACUUUGCUCAGAUCUGUCAGGAGGAGGCAGUGAAGCAGGAGAUUGUGGCCACUCUAGAAGCACUUUGUGGCAUUGCAGAGGCUACACAGAUAGAUAACGUGGGCUCCCUCUUCAGCUUUCUCAUGGAUUUUCUGUCUAGCUGCAUUGGCCUUAUGGAGGUCUACCAGAACUCUCCAGAAACCGUAAACCUCAUCAUUGAGGUGUUUGUGGAGGUGGCCCAUAAGCAAAUCUGUUACCUGGGAGAGACUAAGUCUAUGAAACUGUAUGAGGUGUGUCUGACGCUGCUGCAGGUCUAUUCUAAGAAUAACCUGGGCCGUAAGAGGCUUGACGUGGCGGCAGAGGAAGACCAGUAUCAGGACCUGCUGCUUAUCAUGGAGCUCCUCACCAACCUCCUUUCCAAAGAGUUCAUUGACUUCAGUGACACAGAUGAGGUGUUUCGGGGGCAGGAGCAGAGUUCUGGAGCUGGUCGCACGGUAUCAGCUGCUGAUGUAGUGCUGUUUGGGGUUAAUAUUGUGCUACCCCUCAUGUCUCAGGACCUUCUAAAAUUCCCUUCCCUGUGUAACCAGUACUAUAAGCUCAUCACAUUCAUCUGUGAGAUUUUCCCUGAGAAGAUCCCACAGCUACCAGAGGAGCUCUUCAAGAGCUUAAUGUUCUCUUUGGAAUUGGGCAUGACCUCGAUGAGCUCAGAGAUUAGCCAGUUGUGUCUGGAAGCUCUGUCCCCAUUGGCUGAGCAGUGUGCAAAGACACAGGAGAAGGACACCCCCUUAUUUAUUGCUACUCGACAUUUCCUCAAGCUGGUGUUUGAUAUGCUGGUACUGCAGAAACAUAACACUGAAAUGACUGUGGCAGCUGGAGAAGCCCUCUACACCCUUGUGUGCCUGCAUCAAGCGGAAUACUCUGAGCUGGUGGAGACUCUGCUCUCCAGUCAGAGAGAUGCUGUGAUCUACCAGCGCCUCGCCGAUGCCUUUAACACCCUCACCGCCAGCAGCACUCCUCCAACAAUGGACCGCAAACAGAAAGUGGCCUUCUUGAAGAGCUUGGAGGAGUUCGUGGCCAAUGUCGGAGGGUUGCUAUGUGUCAAAUAA